AUGGACAGUUACUUUAAAGCUGCAGUCUGUGACCUGGACAAACUACUUGAUGAAUUUGAACAGAAUACAGAUGAAUAUGACUGCUACAGAACACCUCAAAAUCCAUAUGACUCAAAACACCAUUCACUUUCUUCAGUUCUGGAUUGCUUGCAACCUGUAUACCCAACACCAAAACUGCAAGAGGAUGCUAACAAUUGUACUUCAUCAGAAGAAAUCUCUCUAGCUAGCCACAUGGGAACAAGUGAAGUGCUUUUGAGUUAUUCACCACAGAAUGAGAAGAACGUUGCUGGACCUGAUCUUUUGUCCACCGUGGACAGUGGUUCCUUAAAUGAAAUUCAGGCUUUAAACCUGCGAAGGUGUAGUGUACCUCUGUGUGAUCUUGUUAAUGACACAGGUAACUUAAUUCAUUCAGUGGCUACUCAUGAAGAUGCUCAGAAGUUGCAGCUGGAUGACUUCCAGUACAGUGAAGGUUUGAUUGGCUUUGGCAUAUCUUGCAUACCUGUUCCUGCUUGUGUGUCAUCAGCUGGUUGCAGUGGUGUUUCAAGUACAGAGCAGAGUGAUGGGAUCUCAAUGCUACAAUAUUCAGGACAUCUUAAACCAGAGGAGAUUAAUCAUUUAACUUUAAAAUCAGACAGUUAUGCUGCAGUAAAGAUAUCGGAUCCUUGUGAUUAUCAACGCAGGACAGAAUCUGUGAAGUGCAGUGAGGUAUUUGAUCAGCUUGAACAAACUGCUUGCCUUAGUACUGCAUGCGUCCCUGUAACAUCACAGAAUUCAAAUGUGUGUAGUCCUAAAGAUGAGAAAGCAUAUGAAAAAUUGCCUUGUGAACCACAAGAUGAAAGUGCAUGCUCUGCAGUAAGUGAAGAGAUGUAUGGAAGAAAUGCCAUUGAAAAGGUGGACUCACAAGAUGACAGCAAUGUUGAAUCCAUGCCUUCAGAUCUGCCAGAGAGGCCUCAGUUGCACAAAAGUCAUGCAACAUUACCUGGAAAGUGUGUUUUACCAGGCUACUGGGGUCAAACAGGAGCUGAUGUAGAACUGGAAAAGAAGAUCACUGAAGAUAAUAUAAGUAGUGAAGAACUUAAUGGCAAUGAAAUACUAGACAGUGUUUCAACGUCGGGUAUUUCAGUUGAGGAUGUCCAGACGUCGCUGUCAUGUCUUCCACUUCCUGUAUCUAUAUGUGGUUCAUUAGUUGUAACAGAAGAAAAAGUUAAUCCUCUACUUCAAAAUGAAAUGGUGGAGGUUAUUAGUGAUACUGUAACUGUUCACGCUGGAAGGUCUAAAACUGAUCUCUCUGGUAGGGAAUCCUGCGAAAACACUAAUUUGCAUGAACAGGAAGGAUGCACAGCUAAAAUUGACGAAGGUAUUGUGGAAAAAAGUACAGCUGGAGAAAAGUAUGAUACUGAGAAUGUAAUUGAUGACAGUGAUUCUCAGCAAAUCAAGGUGUUUGCUUCUGCUUUUCUAGAAUAUGAAGCUGAGCCAUAUGGUGUUGGUAUAGACUCUUACUACAAUGAAAGUAUGAGCCCAGUUAUGGCUGACUUUACUGUUGAGGAGAAUGUUAUUAAAAGUGAUACUCUAAUAAGUGAUGCUGAGCUUGAUGAUUUCUUACACGAACAAAGACUUCAGUCCAAUGUAUUGAAGUCUUCAGACGAUAGUAACUUAAUGGAAGCUGGUACAGAUGAAGGGAAUUUAACAAACAUGGAUAAUCUGGAUUUCACAGAGGUCACUGAAGAACAUAUGCAAGCAAAACUGGAGGAGAUAACAAGCAUUAAUAGUAAUCUUGAAGUAUCUCUUACUGCCAGUGAAUUGGUGUCUGCAACAGAAGAGAAUAUGUCUCAUAUUCAGGACGUGACUGAGAGCAGUAGUGAAGCACUAGUUUCUGAUGUUUGUACUGAAGGUGCAAGACCGAAGCAAUUACUUGGCCUUUCUCAAGGAGCUAUUGGUCACAAACAACUGAAUAAAACAGAUGUACUUGAGAGAGAAAGCCAGGAAGCCAGUUCUGUUACCCCAGGAGCUCCCCUCUCAGGCACCAGCGUAAAUGUUGGUAAAAAUUCUGACCCUGCACACUCCAGCUCUGAAGCUGGAGGAAAUCAACCGUCUGAAAAUGUAGAAUCCCUUAAAAUACCUGCAACUCUGUCACGGAAACAACCAUUGUGGGUUCCUGAUUCAGAAGCACCCAACUGCAUGAACUGCCAAGUCAGGUUCACGUUUACAAAAAGACGACACCACUGUCGUGCAUGUGGAAAGGUUUUUUGUGGUGGCUGUUGCAAACGAAAAUGCAAACUACAAUAUAUGGAGAAGGAAGCGAGAGUCUGUACUGGCUGUUAUGAUGAUAUAAAUAAAGCACAGGCAUUUGAAAGGAUGAUGAGUCCAACUGGUCCUGCCCCCAAUUCCAGUAUCUCCUCUGAGUAUUCUUCUGCUGUUCCACCUUUGGAGGAAGCCCAGAUGUCUGGUAGCGCUAGCUCUCCUUCACCUUCUGCAUUGUUACCUAUCUCAGUACUUAAACAACCUGGUAUGGAAGGGCUGUGCACCAAAGAACAGAGGAGAGUCUGGUUUGCAGAUGGUAUUUUGCCAAAUGGUGAAGUGGCAGAUACAACAAAACUUUCAUCUGGAGCAAAGAGGUUGUCACAAGACUUAAGUCCAGUAAACCCUGACUUGCCGGAGAUGCGUAUGGCUGCAAACCCAGAGGAAGAUGGCAUAUUAACUGAUGUAAAUCCAAAACCUAAAGAAGAAAUUGAUACUAUUACAAGAAAGGAGGAAUUAUGUCCUCCUUUUUCUUCAGAUGAUGCACAGCAGGCUGUUCCAGGCCAGAGUGAGGUGGUACAUAGUUGUAAAUCUGUAACUCUAGAAGCUAAAGAGUGUCCUCCUACUGCAGAAGCUGAAAAGACUAGUAGCAGUUCAGUUGAUCAGACUACAAGUGAUAUGCCUGUUAGUCCUUCAAGUUACAGAGCACUAUGUGAUGUUGAAAACUGUGUUCGUAAAGAGAUCAGCCUUGUUCCUGAUGGUGAUAAACUGCCACCACUUUUGCUUGCAGUGGGUGAAAAAGGAAAAGAUCCUCUAGUGGAAGAACGUCCAUCUCACCAACAGGUCACCUUGCUGCUUGUGGAAAGAAGUCCUAACCCAUUAACUUUUAUCCUAAAUGCAAACUUGCUUGUGAAUGUCAAGCUAAUAACUUAUUCUUCAGAAAAGUGCUGGUACUUCUCAACAAAUGGACUACAUGGUUUGGGUCAGGCAGAAAUUGUCAUUCUGUUGCAAUGUUUGCCAGGUGAAGAGAUUUUUCCUAGUGAAAUAUUCAAAUUAUUUAUUGACAUCUAUAAGGAUGCAAUGAAAGGAAGGUUAAUAAGAAACAUGGAAAACAUUACUUUUACUGAAAACUUUCUCAAUAACAAAGAGCAUGGAGGAUUCCUGUUUGUUUCACCAACUUUUCAGAAAUUUGAUGAUCAGAUUCUACCAGAUAACCCUUUUCUUUGUGGCAUUCUCAUCCAUAAGCUGGAAAUACCCUGGGCGAAAGUUUUUCCAAUGCGUUUAAUGUUGAGAUUGGGAGCAGAAUAUGGGGCAUAUCCAACUCCUGUAAUGAGUUUCAGGCACCGGAAGCCACUCUUUGGAGAGAUUGGACACACAAUUAUGAAUCUGCUUGUUGACCUUAGAAAUUAUCAGUAUACUUUGCAUACCAUAGACAACCUGUUUGUUCAUGUGGAAAUGGGUAGAAGCUGUGUUAAAAUACCCCUAAGGAAGUAUAAUGAGGUAAUGAAAGUGAUAAACUCUUCCAAUGAACACGUAAUUAGCAUUGGAGCAAGUUUUAAUACUGAAGCAGAUUCUCACUUAGUGUGUGUGCAGAAUAAGCAUGGCCUCUACCACACACAAGCAGUCAGUGCUACCGGACAUCCUAGGAAAGUUACAGGUGUAAGUUUUGUGGUGUUUAAUGGAGCCUUAAAAGCAUCUUCAGGAUUUUUAGCUAAAUCCAAUAUAGUUGAAGAUGGACUAAUGGUACAAGUAACGCCAGAAACGAUGGAAAGCCUACGUCAGGCGUUAAGAGACAAGAAGGACUUUAAAAUUACUUGUGGCAAAACGGAUACAGGAGACAUAAAAGAAUAUGUAGAUAUUUGCUGGGUAGAAAAUGAAGAAAAAACAAACAAAGGAAUUUUAAGCCCAGUCGAUGGAAAAUCGAUGGAAGGAACCCAGAGUGAAAAAGUACCACAAGGCAGAGACUUUGAAAGAGAGGGAAAAGUUAUGAAGUGUACCGAAGUAUACUACUUUCUAAAGGACCGUGAACUGUCCAGUCCUGUUCCUCACCAGUUUGCUAAAGAGAUUGCUAUUGCCUGCAGUACUGCUCUUUGCCCACACCUUAAAACCCUGAAAAAUAAUGGGAUGAAUAAGAUAGGCCUAAGAGUUUCUGUUGACUCAGAUAUGGUUGAGUACGUAGCUGGAUCUGGAGGUCACCUUCUUCCACAGAACUAUCUGAAUGAAUUGGACAGUGCUCUGGUUCCUGUGAUUCAUGGUGGAAUGUCAGAUCCUACAAGUCUACCAUUGAAAAUGGAAUUACUAUUUUUCAUUAUAGAACAUCUGUUUUGAUGAGGCUGAUUACAGGCAAUAUAG